GGAAUACAGAGAAGUGAAAGAAAAAUAAUAAUCAGUUUCGUGCUGUUAUUUCUAAAAGUUGACGCAGUGUCUUUCUUUUUAGUGAAUUCGUGUUAGGUUAAAUAAUUAUAUUUUGCAGUGUAAUUAUUUCAGUGAUUCGGUUAUUGUUCGAAAUUUCGGUUAUGCAUGUGAUUAGUGUCGUACCUAAUGGUCGUUUUGUUUUUUUCUUAAACGACGUAAACGUUCGCAGUAGCAAUUCGCUAUCACAAAUCAAUUAAAAGUCAAAUGAUGAUUUGGUAUUAUUUCAAAUCUAAAGUGAAAUUCGCGUAAAAUGUAGAAGUUAGAUUAUUGCAAAUUAAUCGUCGAUGGUUCUAUUAUUAAUAUAUAAACUGGAGUAUAAAGUGUAGUGUUCGGAUUUGGUUCUAGUGUCAUCAACAAUGACUAGCAUUAGGACGAUUCCAGCAGAUAAAAUUAAUUUGCGUUUAAUAUUGGUUAGCGGUAAAACAAAAGAAUUCUUAUUCAGCGCUAGCAACUCGGCCGGCGAAAUUGCACAAUAUGUGUUCGAUAAUUGGCCCGAAGAUUGGGCCGAUGAAGCUGUAUCGAAAGCGGAAAUAUUACGAUUAAUAUAUCAAGGCCGAUUCCUACAUAGUAACGUAACCUUAGGAGCUUUGGCUCUGCCGUUUGGUAAAACAACUGUGAUGCAUUUGGUACCAAGAGAGACAUUACCAGAACCGAAUUCUCAAGAUCAAAGACAGAAGAGCAAAGGAGGCAGUAGCAGUUGUUGUUCUACGUCGUGUUCUAUACUAUAGUGUGAAAUAAUUGGCGUGUCUAUAGUUUAAGGUUGCUCUCUUUUUUUCUCUCCUCUCUCUUUCUCUCGUCAUCUCUCCUAUAUACAUGUAUAUGAUGAUUUCUCAUUCGUGUUUUUAUUUCCUCUCUGCCAUUGUCGUCAUCAUCAUCGUUGUAUACAUCUGUUCUCCAAUGAAGAGAUUCCACUCAUCGUACCAUUUGUUCAUUUUUCUUAUUUAUAUAUUUUUUGUUUUCUUAUCGGAGCGAGUCUCGAAUAAAAAGGGAGAGAAAGAGAGAGGAAAAGCUCGGUGUGAAAUUUUGCGUUAAGCAAGCUUUAGCCAAUUAAAAUAUAUAGUCGAUAGUGUGGAAGUGACAAGUCUUCCUCUUUUAUCGUGUAUUAAUGUGAUGUGUGUUUAUCGAUUCUAUUUUUAAAAAACCAACUUAUUAUUGUAUCUAUAAAUACUUGGAAGUUAUUAAAAAAAAAUUUUAAAAAUACAAUACAAAGAAUUUCAUAAUCGGCAAACCAAAAAAAAAAAAUAUGAAAAAUAAAAUGUAAUAAGUGUAAAAUAAAUGUACCAUAAAUUUUUAGUUCCUAGAACAGUAUUGUUUAUAUAUAUUAUAUCCAUUUUUGCAAACCCUCCUUUCUCCUUUCAUCCGGUUCUGUGUAAAACUCUGGUCCUCUGAUUCUCUUUCUCGUCAUGUCAAUCUAACCAUGACCUCCUCUUUCACUCCCUCGUAUAAUUACGCGACGAUCGCGGUGAAAUUGAUAAACGGUUACCUAUAUUACCUUUAUAAUACGAACUGUUUGAAAUUAUAGUCGUUUACUCGUUUUUUUUCCACUUUUUUUUUUUGGUUUGAAAAGUAAACAUUGAUUAUACUUUAUAUAGGCUUUAUUUCAAACAGAAAAACUCGCUACUUAAAUAUUAGCGUGACGUUUUACGUUUUUUUUUUAGGGUUAUGUUUUUUUUCUCUUUCUUUUCUCAUUGUAUGUAUAUUUUUUGUACAUAACUUUUUUUUUCGUUCGUUUUUUUGUAACGCCAUGUUAUAUGUUUGUGUACUCGCGGAAUUGGUUUUUGUGUAUUGAAUGAUAUGCUUCUAGGUAGCAGCUUCUUUUUUUCGAAUAAGGGAAAGCCUUAAAGCAUUAGCAUCGAAGUUACGGCGAAUCUGUACGUAAUUAAUUAGAGGUGUAAAAUUGAUACGUUCGUUGGUUGUAGCAAAGUCACCUUGUCUAGCUGUCUGACACUGAUGGUGGAAAACAUCGUAUGAAAAAUCAGCUCGGCGAUGUGUAAAUGAUAAAAGUUUUCACGACGAAUUUCGUGUUUCGAUUUCGGUGUUUUUCCAUCAAUAUUGCAGGUUUUUUUUCUGUUUUUUUAAAAUAUUUAUCUACGUGUUAUUAAACACAAAUUUCGAUAUUAUGAUUCUACUUUGUAAACUCGUUGAAAUUGAAUAACAAACUUGCUAGAGAAAGAAAAACAAAUACAACAACUUUAUCGUAUCUAAUCAUCGUGUUUUUAAAAAGAAUUUGAAAAAAUAUCAGAAAAUUGCCCGAUUAAACGUCGGAUAAUUCAUGUAUAAUAUUUACAAACGAAAGCUUUCGAGGAAGCUUUGAUUUAAAUCUUUACUAAAUCUCGAAACGAGCUGAAUAUCUACAUGACCAUUUAAAUUACUCGAACUCGAACUCGUACGACGAAGAAAAAUAUUCACCAUAAGGUGCUCUUUGUUAUGACGACAAUCGUUAAAUGAGAAGAGUUUUUUAGGCGCUUGUAUUCGCGUAAUUAUGCGCAUAAUUGAAUAGUAAUAAAUGCAUGUAGGAAAUGUUUGUUACCUACUACUGUUGUUGAAAAAAAAAAAGGAUAAAAAAAAGGUGCCCAUUUAACCUACAUUUUGAGAUAUCGACAGAAACAAAAACAAAAACAGAUUCGCCGUUAUUUAUAUAAGGAAAAAUUACGCUGCUGUAAUUUCGAUUCACGAACAUCGUCAAUUUAUUAAUUAGUUCAAGACUGACUUGACGGUUGAAAAGCAAAGAAUUCGAAUUCAUUAAUACUCGUGUAUUAUGUUAUUUUUGUAUAGCUUUUUCUAUAUAGUAUAAGCUGUCAGGAAUAUAUAUUUUUGUUUCUCAUUUUCUCUUUCUUUCUCUAUCCCUCUCUCUAUGAACCCAUUUCUCACUACUGUUAGUGUAUAUAAGCAGGCUAGAAUUGCCUAUAUGUGGAAAUUUUUUUCCCUUUCCUCUACAAAGCACCAUCAUAUUAUAAAUACCUAUACUUUGUAUGCCGAUAUUCAUGCCGAAUAUAAUACAGUGCACCUGAACUGUUUUAACGUAGCAUAGAAACGAUUUUGUUUUUUAAUUUAUAAUGGCAAUAAUGUAUUUGUUAAUUUUUAACCGUUAAAGAAUUAUUGUUGUUUACCAUUUUAAAAUGAUUUAUGAAUUAAUCUAUUGUUUUGUUCUAUUUAAUUCGCUUUCCAAUGUGUAAUAAUUUAGAAUAAAGGUUCUAUGUUAUGAA